GGUCCUGCAGCGGGUCCUUCCGGAGGUGACAUUCAGCCGACCGUUGGGGGCAACGGGCAUUGCAUCCUAGAACCAUGGCACAGUUUGUCCGUAACCUUGUGGAGAAGGCUCCGGCGAUGGUAAACGCUGCUGUGACUUACUCGAAGCCUCGAUUGGCCACAUUUUGGCAUUAUGCCAAGGUAGAACUGGUUCCUCCAACCCCUGCUGAGAUCCCUACAGCUAUUCAGAGCCUGAAAAAAAUAGUCAAUAGUGCUCAAACUGGUCGCUUCAAACAGCUCACAGUUAAGGAAGCUUUGCUGAAUGGUUUGGUGGCCACUGAGGUGUGGAUGUGGUUUUAUAUCGGCGAGAUCAUAGGCAAGCGUGGCAUCAUUGGCUAUGAUGUUUGAAGACCAGUCUUUAACAUCUGGUUAAUUUUUUAUUUACUAUUCGAGUGUUCUUGGACCAUGUGUGAAUCAGACUGCUAUCUGAAUAAAAUAGAUAAUGUAUGAAA